AUGAUGGCUGGGCGUGGCCUUGCAGGGCGGGGCGGUAGGAGGCAGCAGGCGGCACUGCAGGCGGGGCCCGGAGCGCGUCGCGGAGGCGGGCAGCUGCUGUGUCCCGGUGCUCCUGGCCGCCUGGCUCCCCCCCGCGGCGGGGGGGGGGGGCCCGACCGGGGCGGGCGCGGGGGGGGGGGGGGCGCGACCGCCUCCAACUGGACGCUGGUGAUGGAAGGCGAGUGGAUGCUGAGAAUUUAUGCCCCGUGGUGUCCAUCUUGCCAGCAGACUGAUUCUGAAUGGGAGACUUUUGCGAAGAAUGGAGAAACACUCCAGAUCAGUGUGGGAAAGGUGGAUGUCAUUCAAGAACCAGGUUUGAGCGGCCGCUUCUUUGUCACCACUCUCCCAGCAUUUUUUCAUGCAAAAGAUGGGAUAUUCCGCCGUUAUCGUGGUCCAGGAAUCUAUGAAGACUUACAGAAUUACAUCUUAGAGAAGAAAUGGCAAUCAGUUGAGCCUCUGACUGGCUGGAAGUCUCCAGCUUCUCUAACAAUGUCUGGAAUGGCUGGUCUUUUUAGCAUCUCUGGCAAGAUUUGGCACCUUCACAACUAUUUCACAGUGACUCUCGGAAUUCCUGCAUGGUGUUCUUACGUCUUUUUCGUCAUUGCCACUUUGGUGUUUGGACUGUUCAUGGGUCUGAUCCUAGUGGUGAUCUCAGAAUGCUUCUAUGUACCUCUUCCAAGAGUUUCAUCUGAACGCUCUGAGCAGGAGCAGAGGCCUGAGGAGGUACAAGGAGCUGAGCAGCUGCAGGAUGCAGAGGAAGAAAAGGAUGACUCAAAUGAAGAAGAAAACAAAGACAGCCUUGUGGAUGAUGAGGAAGAGAAAGAGGACCUUGGCGAUGAGGAUGAAGCAGAGGAAUACGAGGAAGAGGACAACCUGGCAGGCAGCAUGGAUGAGGAGAGAAGUGACACCAAUGAUCAAGGAGUACUGCAGGAAGGCAGUGUAUCCCUGGAGGAACUUGAAGCUGAUGAAGCUCACUCAGCUGACACACAGGAGGUGGUGGAAGACUCUUUGAGGCAGCGCAAAAGUCAGCAUGCAAACAAGGGACCACAGGUUUCAUGAUGCCAUCUCUGAAAAUACAGGCCAGAAACAUACAUCUGCUUCCCUCUGGUCUGUACUUUAAGCCAAAUCCUUAGUUUUUAACUUACUUUUUUUUUUUUUUCCUGAAAGAGCAAUGUUCACUCUUAAAAGAUGAUCUCUGGUUCUGUGGUCACAUGUUUGUUAACCUCUGUAUCCUAAAGAGAGUCAGGAACAGCACUCAGCCACAAUGGUACAAGGAUCUCUGUGGGGAUUUAGGUGGAAAAAGAGUUGAUAUUCUUGUGGGCCAAAGGGUCAACCAGAGGACUUCUCUCUGGUCCUCCAUAAUACUUUUAGAAAUGAGACUGCUGGCCGGAAAAAGGUGAGGGCAAAGCUACAUUACUCCUGAGUAUCCUUGGAGUACAGAAAGAGUCUUCAUUGUUAAGCAUUUGUUUUUGUCAUCUAAGAAACAUUGGCUACCAUACUCUUGUGGGUCUAGAAAUUC